AUGACUGAACCAACUAAGGAAAAACCUCCACAUCCUGUGGAGGACGAAAAUGACGAUGACUUGGACGACUUGUUGGAUGAGUUUGACGAGCAACUGUUACCUAAACCUCCAGCCAGUGAAAGUGACGGCAAUACCACCGCCACCAAGAACGCUUCGACAAAUCCAGUCGGCGAUGAGUUCACUCAGAAUAUCGAGGAUUUGAUCAAGGACCUCAACAUCGAGGACCCUGAGGCAAAGGUGCAGUUUGAACAGUUAGUCAAACAGUUCGAAGACACUCACAAGGAAGACGCUAAGAAGAUUCAAGAUCCACAAAAUUUUGACAGCGUGAUGAAGGAUACGAUGGAGAGAUUGAAGAAGUCGGGCGAGACCAUCGACGAGCAGUUGAAGAACGACCCGGCUGGUGGUAAUCCAGAAGACAUGCUUGCACAGCUAAUGGCUGGCUUGGGUGGAGCAGGCGGAGAAGGUGGUGACUUUGACAUGUCGAAGCUUUUGGCUGACAUGUUGGAGCAAUUGUCUUCCAAGGAGGUGCUUUAUGAACCAAUUAAGGAUCUAAAUGACAAAUUUCCUGACUACUUGAAGGAGAAUAAGGGCAAGAUCCCAGACGAUGAGCAUGUCAAGUAUACGAAACAGUAUGAAAUCACGAACCAGAUCUUGGCUGUGUUUGAUGCAUCCGACUAUGACAGUGAGAGCCCCGAAAAGAGCGACGAAGUCAACAGGUUGCUUGAAUCGUUACAGGAAUUGGGUAACCCUCCUAAGGAAUUGGUUGGUGAUGAUAAUGACUUCCCUGGUUUUGGAGGCAUGGGAGGCGCAGGAGGUUUGGGAGGAUUAGGUGAAGGUGACGGCUUAGAUUUUGACUCAAAAGACUUACCUCCAGACUUCGAGAAGCAGUUGGAGGAAGGAUGCAAGCAGACCUAG